GUCAGCUGGUGGAGAAGGGCAGGGACGACCUCCGUCAGCUGGCGAGACGUCUGUCCGUCCUGUUUCCGUCCCUCCUGUCGGAGGACAACCUGAGGAGGAUCAGCAUGAGGAGCAGCUCCAAACAUCGCUGUGUGAGCAGCACGGAGGCGUUUCAGGAGGGACUGCAGCUGCACUGGGGACGCACAGACGUGCAGUACAGGCACCAGGUGGACGACGAGCUGAUGCGGUUUUUCGAGCAUUGCCGUGGUUACGUGGAGGGCGUGGAGAACAACCGCACGGCGCUGCUGCAGGUGGACAAGUUCAAACAGGGGGACGAGAUGGACAGAGUGAGGAGGAGGACGGCAGAGAGACUGGGCCUUCCUUACCACCGCCUCACACCAG